UUCAAUCAUAUAUUUUAUUUAUUUGUUUACAUGUGUUACCCUCAAAAUAAGCAGAAUGGAAGAGAGAGCUCAGAUUUUCUUUGUUUUGUUUACACAUUUUUUUUAUUUACAUAUGGGUGUGGUUAAGAGAUAGGUGCAAUAAUACACUGAACCAAGAAGAUCUCAGAUCUGGCUACAUGCGGAACACAUUCUGCAGCAUGUUCUCUGGCUAUUGACACAUCAGUAUCCUGAUUUUGGUGGCAAAAUGGAAUAACCUUAACUUAAACAUCAUGGGUUCUUAUUUCUCAAAGGAUGAGAAUAAAGGCGAUAGAGAAAAUCCUGCUCAUGGACAUGAAGCUGGAAAAAGAAAAAGAAAGGGUAGUGAGUCAUUCCAAGAGACAAACAACAAAAAACAAAGAAGUGACUCAGCAACAGGAAGUUGUACUUUUCAGAUGAAACCUGCUGAUAAUCAGGUUAAAGACAAUGCUUGUGGAGUAGCAGGACUAAACCAACAUGAAGACAAGGACUACAUCAAGAGUGAAAACAUCAAGCAACUCAUCAAUAGACUCAAUCUCUUGAGCAAGUACCGGAGCAAAUUGAAGUCACAAGACUUUCUGCAAUUAAAUGCACCUUCAUUACAGAGGCAUGAACCUUGUCAAGAGGGGAACUUGGUUCAAACGUUUAUACAAGGACUCCUAAAUAUGGAUUACAGAGCAAGAUACAUUUCAGUGAAAGAAGAAAAAAGUGAGGAAAGCACACAAAGGAGCAUGGUGUCAUAUAAAGGAGAGGGCAACACUUUUGAUAAAAUUUUCAAGAGGUCUGCACCUGUUGAUGAACUGAGUAAAAGACACCAUGUUCACCCAAUGGACAUUCAGAUGGCAGUAUUUCUCUUUGCAGACAAUUUCCUUCGCCAACUCAUGGUAACAAAACUCUCACAGUGUCAGUAUGCUCUUCCUCUGCUUGUGCCCAACCCUUUCACUAAAGAGAUUGAAUUUCCCUUGUGGACCUUUCGCCUAAUCAAGAAGAGCUGGAAAUUAUGUGAAAAAAACAUCAGCAAAAACCAGUCAAUAUACAAGGCAGCAACCCCUAUGGUUGCAUUUUUCAGGUUUUCAGCAGUUUCUACAUCCAAAUCUGAAUUAAUAAACAAUCUGAUCAAUGAACGACAUGAAACGUUCUUUCACAGGAACUGCUGUGGAAGUAGCAAAUCUCGUCUGUUGAUGGACGGAGUGGUUGAGAUUGCCUGGUACUGCCCCUCUGGAGAUAAAACAGAUAAAUUCACGGAUUGUGUUGCUUUCUGUAAUCUACAUGGUGAUUCACAAGAUAAUGAGACGCAGCAAAACAUUCUGAUGAAAGAGUCCUCGAUAAAUGUGGUUGUUAUACCAAAUCUUGAACAGACUGACAAAUGCAUGACAGUGGUGGACCGACUCUUUAACAGCACAAAGCCACUCAUUUGCCUUCUGACUGAAAAUGACUCAGGUGUCACCGAGGUGCAGAAAGGCAAAUACACAAUUGGCUUGAUACACAGAAAUAAAUCAGCUGUAUCUGAGGAACUCAGAAGAACCAUCGUAAAGUGUCUCUCAAAACCGCUGUCAUUUUUUAAAGUUGGGAAUGUCGUCAAUCAUCCAGGAAUCAGUGUGGAUGAGAAUGAUGAUGACUGCAGGAGAGGAAAAGAGACAGCAGAGCAGAUGAUCAGAAUACUGGAGACAAAGGACCCAUCUAAAAUCAAAGAAACUUUUCUGCCUUGUCAGGGAAAAUUGUGGCACGACUGGUGUUUAAAGAACAAAGAACUUCAUCGACCUCAAGGGGAUAACAUUGAAAUGCACAAUAGCCUAAAACAAACAGAAAUGCAUCAAAUCCGUGAAAAGCAGAGAUCUGUAGGUCUCAGUAUAUUUAUGAAGUUGUUUAUUCAAACACUUGAUUCCAGAAAUGCUGAUGAGAAGAUGUAUUUCCUUAAAUGGUUAGGGAUCCUCCUGGAUGAGAUUACUUCAGAAGACCUCUCCGCUCUUCAUCAUGAGUAUGAUGAAAAGUGGACAAAGGUGUUGGAUUUGAAAAAGAAACAUGAUAAAUCUCAGCAGCUGACAGAAGAACAAACACAACUUGAGAAGCUUUCGGAAAAACUGAAUGCAGCAACAUUUGGCUUGGAACAUAUUCUACGAGAGAUUGGCCAGAUAUAUGAAUCGUGUGAAUCUGUGAAGAAUAAACAGGCUGGAUGUCAAUUAAAUGUAAGUUCUCUCCCACGGUUUGCUGCAGAGCUCAUGAUCUCUGGAUACCCACUGGAACUGAUGGAUGGUGAUGCAGCUCAUGUUCCUCUGAUUUGGGUUAAAGCUGUUCUAGAUGAACUUAUCAAUAUACUAGGAGACCAGAGAGUCUUUGUGUUGUCUGUUUUAGGGAUUCAGAGUACUGGGAAAUCCACCAUGCUAAAUGCCAUGUUUGGACUGCAGUUUGCAGUCAGUGCAGGUAGGUGCACCAGAGGAGCUUUCAUGCAGCUUGUCAAAGUGUCAAAAGAACUGAAGAUCCAUUUAAACUUUGACUACCUUCUUAUCGUUGAUACUGAGGGGCUCCGCGCUUUGGAAUUGGCUGGCAGGUCAACAUUAAAUCAUGAUAACGAAAUGGCAACAUUUGUGGUCGGCCUUGGAAAUAUGACCCUGAUCAACAUCUUUGGUGAGAAUCCAGCUGAGAUGCAGGACAUCCUCCAGAUUGUUGUUCAAGCCUUCCUGAGGAUGAAGAAGGUACGACUGAAUCCUAGCUGCAUGUUUGUGCAUCAGAAUGUUGGAGACAUCACAGCAGGUGAGAAGAACAUGGUAGGGAAAAGGCGCUUACAGGAGAAACUAGAUGAGAUGACUCAGCUCGCUGCCAAAGAGGAAGUCUGUAAUGCAGAAUGUUUCAGUGAUGUCAUUGGGUUUGAUAUAAAGAAUGAUGUGCGGUACUUUUCCCAGCUCUGGGAGGGCAGCCCACCCAUGGCUCCACCCAAUCAAUGCUACAGUAAAAAUGUACAGGAGCUUAAGAACGCCAUUCUUUCCCGUGCAUCACGCUGUAAUGGUAUUAUGCUGGCACAAUUCAAAGAUCGUAUUGGAGAUCUCUGGAAUGCACUUAUGAAUGAAAACUUUGUUUUCAGCUUUAAGAAUACUUUGGAAAUUGUGACAUAUAGGAAAUUAGAGGAGGAGUUUGGAAAGUGGACCUGGAGUCUCAGGAGUGCCAUGCUGGAGAUUGAAGACAAACUGCAUAACAGAAUUAACAACAAGCAACUGCAUAACAUUGAAAAAAGAGACCUAGAAAAUGAGAUUGCAAAUACCAAUGAAGAAGUGAAAAUCUCCAUGGAACAUUACUUCGAAAAACACAAAGAGAAGGAGAUGUUGAUACAAUGGAGACCGAAAUUUCAAGAGAAAAUCAAGCAUCUACAUGGGGAGCUUUUGAGGGAGGCAAAAAGAAAAUUAGAUAACAUAAUCCAUCAAAGAGAAGCUCACGCCAAACUUGAUGGGGAGAAAACUCUACAUGAGCGAAAACUCCUUGAGAAGAGCAAAGAGCUUGCUUUCAGUCUCAAACAAAAAGAUCUCAAUGAGAAUGAAUUGAAGAGACAUUUUGAUUCAGUGUGGAGUAAAUGGGUCUCUGAUUUGACAGGAGAUGUUCCACCUUUUAAAGAAAUCAGCAUAGAAAAUGAUAUAAUUGCAUUACUAAAUGAAAUGCAUGAAGAAGCACUUGUACGUGACAGAUUAAAUAAAUUUAGAAAUAUAAAUGAGGUGCUUGAUUACACAACUUAUGUAAAUCCCAUCAAAACUUUCUGCAAAAAACCUGUUGCGACUCAACCACUACCACCUGAGGACCAAGAGUCAAUUAAACAACUAAUGCACAACAUCAUUCGUCAAACAGAGAACACGGUUAAGUCAAAAUCAGUUGCAAAGCUUGGUUACAAUCCAAGCUACAUUCAAGAAAUUGCAGAACUUGUCAAAACGGCUGUAAGAAACCACACAUGUAAGUCCACAAAAUAUGAAUUCAAGAAGGAGUUCACAGUGGAUUUGACGCUCUUUGUGUGUGAGUUGGCUGGUACGAGGUUUGCAGAACUCCAUCAGGUUUUCAGGGAAGCGAAUGAUCCCUUUAUUUACUUGGAGAAAAAGAAACCAGAGUACUACAGUGUGUUUCAGCUAUUCUGCAGAGGUGCAACAUCUGCUGCAGUAUUUGGAGCCUUGAUUUGUAGUGAGCUGAAAGAACCCAUUCUUCAUAGUGUCUAUAACAAGACUGCAAAAGACCUGUCAGGAGAGAUGCGGACAAAUAUUCCAGCGUUCAAAGGCAACAGGUCAAACUUGGAGAAACACAUUCUGAAAGCUCUGGCAGAAGAGGAGAACUUUAGCAAGUUCACAGAGUACAUUCAUUAUCCCAGGGAACACUUCGAAAAUUUCAUCGAAUGUGAAGUUAAAGCAUACAUUACAGAGGGGAAUUCAAAAGCUCUUACAAUGAUUAAAGGGAAUAUAAGGCACAAGGAGCAAUGUAUUAUCACAGCUGCUGAAACAGCAACAGCUGAAGUCUUGGGGAACAGAGGAGAUGCAAAUAUGUGGCUAAAAGUAUUUUCAUACGGCUUGAAAGAUGAGCUUGAGUACAAUAAAGAACACCUCACUGGUAAUAGCUGUCAGGACAUCACUAACUUUGAACUUCUGGAACUGGCUGUUAAAAAAGAACUUCUGCCCAUUACAGAAGAGCUGAACAGAAUCCUAGAGAAACCCUCUGAUAUCAAAAUGGAAAUGUUCAGGGAAAAGCCAGCUGAGAUUUUGAUAGAUUUUUUCUGUCAGUGUUGCUGGGUCCAGUGUCCCUUCUGUAAUGCAGUUUGUAUCAACACAAUGGAGGACCAUCCAGGUGAUCAUAUUGUCCCCUUCCAUCGCAACUGUGGAAUGAAUGGAAUGAUUUACAAAGGAACAACUAAUCUAAGCGUGAGUUUUUGCACAUCAGCUGUGGCAAGUGAUCGUCACUUUUACCCAUCCAUUGACCCAGAUAAAAAAAUACCAUGGAAAUGUUAUAGAACAGCAGGCCCCAAGUAUGCAAACUGGUGCAUCACACCUGAUCUCUCAGAGCUGCCAUACUGGAAGUGGUUUGUGUGUCGAUUUCAGGCUGAGUUGGAAAACUACUAUGGUAAAACUUUCGAGAGGUCUGGUGAGAUUCCACAUGCAUGGAGAUCCUUCACAAAAGAGGAUGCCAUUGAGAGUUUGAAUAAAUACCUGUAAUUUGGAAAGUUAAAAUAGUAUUUUUCCUGUAUGUUUCAAAUAUCAUGAAUUCUGAAAUUACUGGUCUUUCUUUUAAUUAUUAAUAUUAUUAUUAUUGUUUUAUAAAAACAUUUUUGUGAGAGACAGAUUCAAUUACAUAAUAUGUCAUAAGAUGUUACUGAAAAUAGCUAUCAGAUAUUCUAUAGUAUAAGCACACAUAACAAGAGUCAAUGUGUAAGACGAAACAGACUGCUACUGAGUAAUAAGGUUUGUUUAAAUUAAUGACAUUCUACCACUAAAACCAUGGCAGUCAUGUAAAGUAAACAGUGUGUGAAAAGUUGUAAACCUUAAAAUGAGAUGACCUGUUUUGUUUUGUGUUUUGGGGGGUGGUAUGAUGAAAUGUUAACUGUCAGUAGGAGCAAUAGGGCACAACAGUCUGGUUCCGGAAGUAAAAAAUGCCAUGAAUUUCAACGCUAACUUAUAAACCUUUAAAGACAGACCUUCCUUGAGCUCUGAGGUUGUUUAUCAAUGGUAUAUGCUUCUGUUGAAGCCAUCCGUCUGCGUUAUUUCAACUGCAUUGUUUCAAAAUCAUCUAUAAUAGCGGAUUAGUUCAUCACUCCCAUGAUGAACUCGUAAUCAAGCCUUGUUUAUAUAAGGCGGCCUUCGUAGGACAAACGGAAACAGAACGUAAUAUGGUUGCUAUGACAGCACGCCACUCUUUAACAAGCGCGAGCGCUUUGAGUGAGAAGGGAACUUUGGAAGGGAAUGUAUGAGGUAUAUUUUAGGAGAGUUAUAAUGAUGUAAAGAGAAAAGAAAAUAGAUUGUACAGGUGUACUUUUAGCCUAUAAUACUUUAUUUUAAUUAUAAACAAUAUUUUUUCUAUACUUAUAAUCAACAACCAAAAAACAGUUAUUUUAUAUAUUCCCAUCGUGUUUUAUUCCAUUACAUCAUUCGCAAUGCUUCAUGGGAUUGUAGUUUGUACCCUCGUGAAGGACGGUGAAUACACAGCCUUGUACCUUUGUAAUAUUUGUCUGAUUUUCAACAUUUUUGCCUCAAAACAACGUUUGUGAUGUUGUGAUUCACCUCAGAGCUGGUUGGUUUUGUUCAUGGCUUACAAAUCUUAUGGACGAUUUUAUGCAAAGCCUAUGCAAAAAUGAAUGGGAAAGAUACUUCCGGAACUCAGAUGCGGAAUAAGUAGGCGGAGCAACAAGAGUUGUUAACAUUUAUCAUUUAAUAAUCAAGAGAUAUUAUAAUUGUUGCUUAAUAUGAACAGAUUUAAAAAUAUUUUAACUGUCUGAAAUCACCAUGCAUUCAGUUAAAAUUGUCAUUGUGAUAAAAACAAAAAACAAAACAAAAAACAAGAGAGUGUAUUUACAAUUCAGACUCUUUGACUGGAAUAUGUUAUGGUUGAUU